GUCACGGGGGCGGAAGUGACGUGGUGAACGCGGAAGUUUUGGACUGGCUGGUCAUGGAGUCUGAUGCUUACAAGAUUGUGUUUGAAAAACAUGGAGUCUUCUUGCAUACCAGCGCUAAAAGGCAGAACGAUCAGGAUUCGAUGAUUCCGGGCGUUAUACUUCUGAUAGAGACGACAUCGGAUGUGCUCCUUCAGUGGAUUCCCAUAGAAGAAGAUGGAGAUAUCACACAGAUUCAUUAUACUAAGAAAUUUGUACAGGAGUCUCCAGGCAGCGCGGCAUGUCGGGCAGAGGAGGAUAUGUUUGACCCCGGUUAUGAACCAGACUGGGCCGUCAUCAGCACAGUAGGAAACAAAGUUCGCCCACAGGAAGAUUUGACAGCCGUGAAACCUGGGAUUCGUGAAAAAUGGGCCUUCUCACUCAGUCUGUCCGAACUCAAGUCUGUCCGCAAAAGCAAGCCGGGUCUGAGCUGGUCCUAUUUAAUAUUUAUUACCAAGGAAGGGGUGUCCUUACAAGCCCUUCAUUUUCAUCAAGGUGGAACUAAAGCUCUGCUGAAGGCGCUCCGGAAAUAUGUCAUACUGGCCGUUUCUCCAAAGGACUCUCGGCUCUUUUUGGUUUAUCCACACGACUCUCAUGCCCUUUCCCAUUCAUUUGAUGAACUCCAGAUGUUUGACGAUGAUGGCUCCUCGGACUUGGUGUCUAGAUUUUUCCAAGACCCCUAUUCUGCAACGUUUGGUGGGUUCUCCAAAGUUACCAAUUUUUUCCGUGGAGCUUUGCGGCACCAGGAUGCACAUCACCAGAGGCCAUUAUCUGAGAUGGCAAUCGGUCUGGAGGAUGAACCUGGUUUUGAAGUGAUCUCCUGUCAAGUGGAGCUGGGCGAGCGUCCAGUCAUACAGCGCCAGGCACCUGUCAGCGAGCAGGAAUGGGAAUCCUAUAUUAAUUCUGAAGGUCAAGUGAUGAAUGUGGAUGGUUUGAAGAAGAGGAUCUUUUCUGGGGGCUUGUGUCCAGGGCUUCGAAAAGAUGCUUGGAAGUAUCUCCUGGGCUAUUAUCCAUGGGAUAGCACAGCAGAAGACAGGAAAUCUUUAGUACGGAGAAAAACGGAUGAGUAUUUCCGUAUGAAGCUGCAGUGGAAAUCUGUGAGCGAAGAUCAGGAAAAGAGGAAUUCUCUGCUGAGAGGUUACCGCAGUUUAAUUGAAAGAGAUGUCAGCCGUACAGACCGGAACAACAAGUUCUAUGAGGGGAAUGACAACCCAGGGCUCUGCCUUCUCAAUGACGCCUUGACCACAUACUGCAUGUAUAAUUUUGAUCUGGGUUAUGUUCAGGGAAUGAGCGACCUCCUCUCCCCCAUACUGUAUGUCAUGCAGAAUGAGGUGGAUGCCUUCUGGUGCUUCACAGGAUUCAUGGAGAUGGUGCACCACAACUUUGAGGAGAGCCAGGAAAGUAUGAAGAGACAGCUGUCCCAGCUCAACCUUCUGCUGCGUGUCCUGGAUUCUGCACUCUGUGAUUUUCUGGAUUCCAAAGAAUCUGGAAAUUUAAGUUGCUGCUUCCGGUGGCUGCUCAUUUGGUUCAAACGGGAAUUUUCCUUCCAAGAUAUUCUUCUCCUAUGGGAGGUUCUGUGGACGGGGCUGCCGUGUCCUAACUACCACCUUCUUGUGGCAUGUGGUAUCCUAGACUCGGAGCGGGAAGCAUUGAUGAACUCCGACUAUGGCUUCAAUGAGAUUCUUAAACACAUUAACGAGCUGACCAUGAAGAUGAGUGUGGAGGACAUUCUGUGUCGGGCUGAAGCCCUGAAUCAGCAGCUGGCACACUGUCAGGAAUUACCUCUUAAUAUUAAAGAGCUACUCGGCAUGGUGGAUGCAAAGAGUCCAGCACCCAGCACGGACACAGCCAGCCCUCCACAACCCCUCUCUCCAAGCCAGGUCCACGAAUUGGACCUCACCGACAGUGUGUCCCCCAGUCAGCCCGACAGUAGUAUCGAAAUACUACCCACAGAGGACACUACAACCUCACAGAGCCUGUCUCCUUGACCAGCCACACUCAUCCGUGCCCUCUAAUACUACAUGUACUCGGUGUGCACUUACGUUGUAUCCAGACUCUCGUUAUGUGGACGGUUCUGCACAGCCACGUACUCGCUCAUAACCGACAUUUAUUAAUCAUUAACCUCCAUUCAUAACUGAAAACUGACAGCAAACACAUGAUCGUACAGAAUACGGUUUUCUAGCGAUACACCGCUGCCCUGAACGUUAUUUGACCUUGAUGAGUAGCUAUUGUAUAUGGAAGGUGUGCUGCCUUUGUAUAUUUGAAGAGUGUGUCUUAUAUUUUCGACACAGAUAACAUUGGUCAAGCCUAAGCUAGCAGCCCUUAUAGGUUCAUGCCUAGGGGUGCAAUUUACAGUUUCACCCGGCUUGACCUUGUAAUCUUGUGCAUUGGGUUUGAACAUGAGAUGCCUAGUGAGGCUUGCUCUUUAAAAUCACUUUAAAGUU